ACAAGUAAUGAGAUCGGGGAAGAGACGCAUUUUUUUAAACAAUUUUGAGGAAAAUAAUAAAUGUGUAGUAUUUAAAAUCGGGACAAGUUAUAAUUUAUGCACCGAAUUUCCCUCUCCACAUUCCCUGUAAAUGGCCGCGGAGUUACAGUCAGUGGAAGGCUCAAUCGACGCAGAAACGGCAGCGACGGUCACAGAGACGGCGGAUACUAUAACGACGGCUAUAGUCGAUGCACAAACAGAGAACCCGGGGCAAAUCCCAGCCCCACCAAAACGACAGCGCCGGCCGAGUGUUCGCUUAGGUGAGAUUGGAGACCAGCCGGCCACUCUCAGCUACGACACGCAGAUGCGCAGUGCCAACCGCUACAGGCACCCGUCUUGGCGUCUCCCUAGAGAGUCCUCGAAAUCUUCCAAGGCACGUUCUGUAACCAAUCUUGUGAACGGCAACAACAACAACGAUACUCACAGUCAUAAUUACGACCAAGAGCCCGAAGAGAAUAAUCAAAACGGCGACUUGACGCUCGAAUUUGGGCACCGGACGGCGAAAGCGAAAAGAGGGACCACGAAAAGAGUGAGAUCGAAUUGGAUAUCUUCGAGGGUGGACGAAGCUGAGGGGAACAGUAGGGAGGUUGGGGAUGAAGAGUUUAGGGAUUUCGCUCCGGACUCGGAGGAUCCAUUAAAGGACCCGAGCCCCGUUCAUUCCGCGGACAACGUGGCUCUGGAUAUGUGGCAGAGUGUGCCCAGGAGGCCUAGUCGGACUAGGGUUUCCGAGAGCAGAGAAAAGGACGCCGUUGAGAUGGAUAAUUUGCUCGAGACGGAUUCCAGAGACCAGAAAUGCGGCAAUAGUGAGGGUGUGAGGACAUGGCUGAUAGAAUUGGGGCUGAGCAGAUAUGCACCUGUUUUCGAGAUACAUGAAGUGGAUGACGAGGUGUUGCCAUUGCUGACACUGGAGGAUCUUAAGGACAUGGGGAUAAAUGCGGUGGGUUCCAGGAGGAAAAUCUACACUGCGAUUCAGAAGCUUCGCAAGGGGUUCUCGUGAGUUUUUGUUCUAUUUUUGGUACCAAGUUAAAUUUGUAUGGUUGAGCUGGCAGUGAAGCCGGUUUGCUUACCAAGCUUAUAAUGAUUUUUUUGCACAACAUCAGUUGGCUUUUCUAGAAGACGACGGAGAUGUAAAGUGAAGCGCUAACGACUAAAUGGUUUAUCCAUUUGGGCAAAGGCUUGCUUUACCCUUCAAUCUUACCUUUUGAAGAUGCAUUUUAAUUGCUCCAUGUUGAUACAAGAUUAUGAAGGACUACCUUGAUAGUCACAUGCAGGUGGUAACAAACUUUGAUGUCAUCGGAUGGAGGACAAUUGAAGGUGGUGUUCCUUUGCUUUGGCGAAGGCAAAUCAUAAAGAGAUGUUCCAAUAUGUUGAUCAGAAGUGUAUUGUCUUUCUGUCUUACAAGUUACAACCUUCAUUACCGCCCCGUCCAUGAAGCAUUCAGUACGCAUUUCAGGAAAAUUUCUUGCACUACCUUGGCAUGGCGUGAAGGUGGUAUUUAGAUGGAGACGCGUACCAUUCUCGCACUUAAAUUAUUCGGAUCGACGUCGUCCUGUGAGAUUUUUGGAGUUCUUUUGGUUACUGUAGGCCUGUACAUUUUCAUAUCUAUUUCAAUCCCUCUUAACUGCUUUUGUUACGUUUUCAACAGUUGAAGCUUAUCGACAAAGGUGGUCAAUUUGUGAAGGUUAAA